UCGUCAUCACCAGUGUAAAUGUUGGCGCUCAGUUCCAAUCAUCGCGCUAUAACAAUGUCCUUCAUAUCAGUCACUUCAAAAUCCCUUGCAAGCAUGACGGUCUGCCGUACUUUUCUCCGCUCCCUAACAUCUGCGUCGUCCCCAGCAUCCCCGACCAAAAGGCAAAUCAUAUCUCUAUAUCGGGAUCUCAUUCGUUCCUCUAGAGUAUUUGCUUCCCAUAACUACCGUGACUACAUUCACCGGCGCGCUCAAGAUGCUUUCCGUAAAAAUGCCACUGAGACUGAUCCAAAGAGGAUUCAGGCGCUUUACGAAAGAGGGAAGAGGGAUUUGGAGGUUGCUCGGAGACAGGGAUGGUUGAACGCACAGUUUAGGGCUGAUAAGUCAGUCGUUGACAGAUAGAUAAAUUGUAUAGAAAUUGCAUAUUGUCAAUCAGUACGUACAGCAUUAAAUAAUUCUUUCGAACAUCAUUGUAUAGAAGAGAUACUGAUGCCUUUCAGAUGUUCCUGUUCAAAAAAUCUGCCACAUUCAAG